UUUUCACCUUCUUGACUUUUGUUUUUUGGGUUCUUUGGCAUUUUUUGGAUAUAUUUUUGAUGUUACUGUCCAAAACCCAGUUAUUUUCUGUAUCUUUUCUGUGUGUUUGUGGUUAGUUUAUGUCCCAUGGCUUCCUGGAACUCGGCUUUUCUUUUAUGGUUUAAGAAUUUCAGGAGUAUUUUUCAGGAUUUAUCAAGCAAGAGGGUGGAGAAUUCUGCAAGUGCUGGUAAUUGUUUGUCAUCCCUUGAUCUUCCAUUGAUAGAACAGAGGAAGGAAGAGUACAAAAUGCAAGAAAUCCAUCUUGGUUCACAUACUAUAAGGUCCCAUGGCCUCGCCGUUGCAAGGACACACAUGCAUGAUUGGCUUAUUCUUCUGUUGCUUGGGGUGAUAGAGGUUAUCCUUUAUAUUAUUCAUCCAUUUUAUCGCUUUGUUGGGAAGGAUAUGAUGGAAGAUCUUAGAUACCCCUUUAAAAGUAAUACGGUUCCUGUUUGGGCUGUGCCGAUGUAUGCAAUGCUGUUGCCAAUGCUGAUUUUUCUCAUUGUGUACAUCCGUAGGAGGGAUGUUUAUGAUCUUCAUCAUGCUGUACUAGGCCUCUUAUUCUCCGUUCUAGUGACGGCUGUUCUUACUGAUUCGAUAAAAAAUGCUGUUGGAAGGCCUCGGCCAGACUUCUUUUGGCGCUGUUUUCCAGAUGGAAAGGAUGCUUAUGAUAAAUGGGGAAAUGUCAUAUGUCAUGGCAAUAAAAAUGUCAUUAAGGAAGGGCAUAAAAGCUUUCCAAGUGGGCACACCUCUUGGUCCUUUGCUGGGUUGGGUUUUCUUUCACUUUACUUGUCUGGAAAAAUCAAAGUAUUUGACCGCAGAGGACAUGUUGCAAAACUAUGCGUUGUUUUUCUCCCUUUAUUGGUUGCAUCGCUUGUGGGGUCUCUUAGGUCAGUAUUGCUCAUACUAAGGAGUUGUUUUCAUUCACGACCUGCUCUAUUUACCUUCUUAAGAUUAUCCUUUGUAGGGCUCGUAGUGUCUACAUUUUGCUAUUUGCAGUUCUUCCCACCACCAUAUGAUGCCAAUGGUUGGGGGACUUAUGCAUAUUUUCGAGUAUUGGAGGAGUCAAUUGCAAAUACGACAAACACAGCCAAUGCUGGGAAUCCGCACAAUGCAAUUUCAGGGGAGAUUCAGAUUGCGAACCAACAGGAAGGACGUCAUGAUAAUGGAUUUAUGGGAAUGCAUUUAGCACGCGAUGCCGAUUCAACGAUGGGAGAUAUGGAAUCAGGGAAGAGCUAGCUCGGUGAGUUUGAUGUAUGUAAAUGAGGAAUAGGUAUAUAUGCACACCUCCUGAGCUGGAUAGGUAUAUACAGGCUCAUCUCGUGAGUAGUUAUGGGUUCUACUGCUAUACCUUUUUAUAGCUAAUAACGGUAAAGUAGCAGAGAUUGACUAGAUGUGAGUACUGAACACAGUGAAAAAAAUUAAAAAUAAAUAAAAGUUCCCCGUUAUGCC